AAUAAAACAAUCAUAGGACUGCCAUGUACUGAGACUAGAAACAAGUCUCUUUUGUUGGGUAGUUGUUGUCUGUGCAUCCCAAUUUUGAAUCCUUCUCUCCAUACUCCCUCCACAACCCCAACAAAUUUCCAUUCACAUUCACCUUCCCUUUCUCUUCCUAUAUAAUAUUCCAAACUCUUCUCUUCCUUCUCCCUCUCUUUCUCUUUCUCUUUCUCCUUCACUCUCUCUGUUAGUUUUCGCUGCCACACCAACUUAAUCACCGGUUUCGUAGGGAGAAAUGGAGGUUAGUUCAAGAGGAUCAAAAACGACAGAGGUUCUUGUUUCAAGAAAAUGGAAAGGGAGAGAUCAGCAGACCAGUCCUGAGAGAACCAAAGUCUGGACUGAACCUAACAAGAACAAAGCCACUGGUAGCAGUAGCGAGAGAAAAGUCCCUGUUAUUUACUAUCUGUCUAGAAACGGCCAGCUUGAGCACCCUCAUUUCAUGGACGUUCCUCUCUCCUCUCCUGAAGGUCUCUAUCUCAGAGAUGUAAUCAACCGCUUAAACGUCCUCCGAGGCAAAGGCAUGGCUAGAUUGUACUCCUGGUCCUGCAAACGGAGCUACAAAAACGGCUUCGUCUGGCACGACUUGUCAGAGAACGACUUUAUUUACCCGGCUCACGGUCAAGAAUACGUUCUCAAAGGAUCAGAGCUUCUCGAUCCUUCUUCAAUACACUCCAACCCUCCCGAAACAGCAUCGUCGUCCUCGUUUCGAGCGCUGAAGUCAGCAGACGAGUCGUCAGAUUUUCCCGCGAUUAAUCGUAGGAGAAACCAAUCUUGGAGUUCUAUUGAUUUAAAUGAGUAUAAAGUUUAUAAGACUGAGCCGAACUCCGAGUCGUUCCGGAGACUCGCUGCUGACGCGUCGACUCAGACGGAUGAUAAAAGACGGCGAAGACGACCAGUCGAAGUUGAAGUGGAGGACAAAAGUCAAAGUCAAAGUCAAGAAUCGUAUGAGAACCAAAGCACGGAGCUCAGCAGGGAAGAAAUUUCACCUCCGCCGUCCGAUUCAAGUCCCGAAACCUUAGAGUCUUUGAUGAAAGCUGAUGGGCGGCUGAUAUUGUGUUCCGGUAACAGCAAUGACGAUAACUUGAACCGAACGGGGGAUAAUUAUCCAAGUGGAAGAAUGAAGGCAUCAACGGUUCUGAUGCAGUUGAUAUCCUGUGGUGCGAUCUCUUUUAAGGACUGUGGACCCAGCCAUGUAAAAGAUGAGGGGUUCUCAUUGAUUGGGCAUUACAAGGGAAGGCUACCACGUGGAACAGGGGAUAAAAAGGAGACGGGAACAGAGAAGGAAAUAUGCAAUUUUCCGAGGGUAAGAUUGGAAGAUAAAGAGUACUUUAGUGGGAGCUUGAUCGAGACUAACAAGAAAGAGGACGUCCCUCCAGCUUUGAAAAGAUCUAAUUCUUACAACGCAGAUCGCAGAAGCUCGCAGUUGCAAUUGGAAGAGAAAGAGAUAGAGGGAGUACGUGCAAAAUGCAUACCAAGAAAGCCAAAAGGACUGCCAACCAAAAGAGAAACCACCAUUGACGGCUUUGGAGCAAGCUGUAGUAAUACUCAACAACUCAAAAUGGGAACAAAAGACUGCAAAUCUAACAGUUAACCCAUGUCAAUUAAACCUAGUUAUGUGAAAUGUAAAUGAAAAAAAAAAAAA